AUGAACACGCGGACGAGGCUGUACACGCUCAUCCUCGUCGCACUCGCGCUCGCCGCCGUCCUCGUCCACUCGCUCACCCGCUCCUCGUCCUCAUCGCGCAUCCUCAUCGUCACGCCCACCCACGACCAACUGACGCGCUACCCAAACUUCCUCUACCUCGCUCACGCCCUCGCACACUCGCCCUCCUCCUCCCGCAUCCUCUGGCUCGUAAUCGAAGACGGCCCCACCCUCGACCCAUCCAUCUCGUCUCUCCUCUCGUCCCUCCCGAUCGCGCACCGCUACUGGCCCGUCCAGACUCCCUCCUCUUUCGAAGCGCCGCACCGCGGACUCGUACAACGAAACGCCGCGUUGGACUAUAUCGACGCCAGUGGAAUCCAGGGAGUUGUCUACUUUGCAGACGACGACAACGCGUACCGACCCGAGUUGUUGAACUACCUCUCGAAGGUACCGAGGGACGGAUACACGGUGUUUCCUGUGGGAAAUACGGGCUACAUGGGCUUCGAAGGUCCCGUCUUUCGACCCACGGACGAAGAGGGAGUGGUCGAGAUCGAGCAGUGGUGUUGCGAUUUCUGCAGGAGGAGGUGGAACGUCGACAUGGCCGGUCUCGCAUUCCAUUCGUCCCUUCUCCGCCCUCCGUCAAGCUCGACAGAAGACUGGGACCAACCGCGUUUCGACCCCGCAUCAGAAGAAGGGUUCCUCGAAACCGACCUCCUCACCUCCCUCGAACUGCACCCCUCCUCGAAACUCUACACUUUCCCACCGCUCAACGACCGGAUCCACGUAUGGCACAACUAUGGACGCCCGUUCCAUCGCGCGGGGUACUACGACGCAGAUUGGGAGACGAAGAGUGCGCUGGAGAGGAAGCUGGUGGAUGGGGAGGAGGACGUUGCGAGAGGGUUUAGGUGGGCGGCGGAGGAGGGCUUGCCGCGAGCAAAGGUGGUGAAGGGGCGGCAAUGA